AUGUCAUUAUCCAAUUUAAAAUCAAGCGCCAUGUAUGAUGAGCCCAUUAACCUGUGGAAAACCAAGCAGCGCGUUCACUACCACGAUGAUGUUGUGGCCAAGAAAAAGAACCAGCACAUACCCACCGAUGUGUGUGAAUAUAUUACCAUAAGUGCGCCCAACAAAUCGGCAUCUUUCUCACGUCUGCCGCCCAACUCGCUGCCGUCUUCGGUGCCGGGCACACCGCCGCACUCUGCAGCCGCCACCUCGAACCAAGUCAUCCGCUACGCCCGCACCUCGUGCGACCAUUGUGGACAUCACAGCAUACCCGUAAUGUCGCCCCAUCCGAUCUCGCCGCUGGCGAAGUCCCAGACGAAUCUAGACGUGGUGGAGCACGCCAGUCAACGGCAGGCCCUGCUGCCAAUGCCCACGAUUGGCUUCCACCGCGACGACUCUGCGUGUACCCUUCAGGUCUCGCGGCGGCCAUCGCUGCUGCUGCAGGAGAUUCUCACGCAGCGACCACCAUUAUUUGGGCGCAAAGAUGGCAACGGAUUCCUCUCACCGCGUGCUGCCAAAGGUAAUCUGCAAAGCACAGCCAGUGGCAGCACAGCGACCAUCAAUCUACAGAGCGGCACGGCAAGUGCCAGGAAUGGAUCCACAGCGUUCUUUGACAAUGGCGCAAAAGGCUAUCAGGCCAAGCAGCAAAAGGAAAAGAAUCGUCGCACGGGAAACGAUGCCAUAAGUUCAGCGCUCUCGGCCACAUAUUGCAAGCUGCUGGUCCUGCUGGGCGUGUGUCUGCCCAUCACGGAGGUUAUUUCGGAACAAAUACCCACCUAUGUGUAUCAGGGCUUCUAUGUCUACCUGUAUGUGGGCAGCAUACUCUUUGUCAUCUUCCUGUACAUCAGUGCCUUUCGAAAUCGAUCGCUCUUCAAUGCUCUCAAAGACUUUCAUGAGAAGAACAGCAAUGUACACCUCAAGCAUAAGGUCACGCACUUUGGGAGCUUUUACUUAAGAGUCGGUGCCAUUGCCUUUGCCAUUGGCACCAUGGUUUACUCUGGGCUGGAGUUUGGUCAGUUCUUUGAGCUGAAUGGACAUCCAGGCUGCCGGGAUGUGUUUGUGGCCAUCACACCCAUCUGCCGCAUGGUUCUGUGCAUCGCGCAGGUGCAGUUCAUCUUCCUGAACACAACCUUCAUGGACAUGGCGAGACACAAAGUGACUUCUCGGUUCGGACUUAUGCACAUGGUGGCCACAAACCUCUGCGAGUGGCUGUACGUUCUGGUUGAGGAAACCAAGCACGAGAUCUUUCACAUCAGCCACCACGAUGCUGAUCCAGACCACGACCCCAUCAUGCACAAUGGCACCCAUGGCCUGCCCAACUGGUCGGCGAUGAAUGAAUCAAUGCAUCACCAGAAGGCACACUUGGCUGUAAAUCAUACUCUUAUGGCCAAUGUGAGCUCCAUCAUAGCCAACGUCACGGCGAGUCCAUCGCCAACACCUGCGGCCUUCACGGGCUGCUCUCGCACCACAAUUAUGGGUGCCUUGGUGCAGCAGCUGUCUCCAUUCUUGUUUCCCUGCACCAUUGAGUACUCGCUGAUCUGCGCUGUGAUCCUGUACGAGAUGUGGAAGACUGUUAAAUCCAUACCGGAUAUAGAUAAGACGCGCAAGAACUCCGUCAAGCCUGUGGCCCAGAAGCCCGCCCAUCACUUCUCCGUCGAUUGCUCGCAGUCCCACAAGGGUCUCUUCUUCGGCAUUCUGAUCAUUGUGAUGACAAUCAUCGCCAUGAUCAUGUACUUUGUGCUGUACUCCCAGCCGGGCUAUGAGCUGGUCGCCACUCAGGAAGUGACUCUCUGGGAGACUUUCAUGUACUUUAUGUGCGCUGCAGCUGUGAUUACGGGCAUGUUCCUCAUGCGCGAUCUGCGUUACAUUAAGGACACCAGCGACGAGCACCACUCCAUGGACCUGGACAAUCUUCUGCUCAUUGUGGCCCAGACGGGCGUUUACUUGUACGGAUUGUUCAGCAUAUUGGGCAGCUACUUUGCCAAAUGGGAUACCGUGCCCGAUCGCGUUGAGGGCAUCAUCGCAGAGGUGUUCGGCGUGGUCCAGACUUCCCUGCAGACCAUGUUCAUCCUCCAUGCCAGCCAUCGGCGUUGCAAGGGCGCCAAGCAGGUGCGCCGGAAGCCAGGACGAGAGAUCAUUACGUUUCUGCUGGUGGCCAAUAUUGCCAUUUGGUUCGUGAAUACCCUCAUCAAGGGUCGCGCCGUGUUCCGCGAAUCCCAUUUGGAGUUCUUUGGCGUCUGGGGCUGGACGAUCAUUACGCACAUAUCCAUGCCGCUGGCCAUUUUCUAUCGAUUCCAUUCCACGAUCUGCCUCUUUGAGGUUUGGAAAGUCACCUACAAGGCCAAGGCUCAUUAGUUUUGUAUUUGCAUAUCCAUUAGCUCUUUCUUUUUAGUUCAUUUACAGCUUUAGGUGUUUACUGCUUAAUUUAUGUGUCCAUAAGUGCGAGCUGCUGCUUCCAUUUUAGCACAAAUAAAGAUUUAAUUUAUUCCA